AUGGUUUUGAGGGGGCACCUUUGUGGACCACACUCAGAUGAAGGUAUGGCCUCAGAUCAACCCGUAAAAAAGAAACAGCGAAUUGACGCACCUGAUAUCGAUGACGCUAGCGAUAGAUCCACAGAGGAUGUACUCACAGAUAUAUUUGAUACGGAGACACCACCUGUUGAAACUUCAGAGGAGUUUCCGUCGAGAAAUGGUGAGUCACCAGACAGUGGAACUGUUAGUGAGGAUGCCGUUGACUGUUCAAGUCUUUUGAGACUCCCAAGUGACACUAAUGUAGAAAUCAUACCAUCUUGCUCCACUUCGACUGCACACUGGAAUUCUGAAGAUGAUAAACUUCUCACUGAACUACGUAUAUUACAAGAUGGCCUUGUUGGUCAGUGUUUAUGUAGAUUUGAUCAGGAUGUGGUAUCAAAUUUGUUUGACAGACGACUUAACAUUGUUUCCUGGCCCCUGACAUGUUCUCUUACAUAUUUAUCCACUAUGCAGCUAAUGUUUGAUAUAUAUUUAAAGCAAAACAGUACAGGUACAAUAUGUUCAAAAAUAAUGCAGGCAUGUGACAUAUUUGUAAGGAAUAGACAUGAUUGGAUUACUGAGGUUGUGGAAUUGGCAGAUCACAAGAGUAAAUUUAUAACAUUUGUGGCCAGUAGAGUAUUGGCUAGUUUUCUAAUUGUCUCCAAAGACACUGUAGAUGAAAAUUGGUUGCAGCAAAUAGCUGAAAACAUUUAUCUUUUUGACAGAAUCAAUAGGAUCACAGUACAAAAAAUAAAUUUCAGUCUAGAUAUUAUAAAAAGGAUAGUUGAGUGGAAGGAUGUUGAGCAGCAUCCUCUUGAAGAUAACAGUUAUAUGAGUUCGGGCAAUAUUCAAGUACAAGAAGAUAAUCCAUUUAGAAGUAGCAUAGGAUACAGCAGUGGUAAUGAUAAUGACAUGAUGCCUUCGAGUUCACAUAAUAAUUUACACAAUUCAUUCUCAAAUCUUCAAACUCAUGGUGCUCCUUCAACAUCAUCAUCAGAACAAGAAAGACCCGCAACUUUUAAACUCCACGACCCAGUAUUAAAGUUAUCAAGUAAUGACCAGAGGGAAAUGGAACAAUCAGAAUCACCUGAACCUCCACAGUCUAGGAUAGAAAGGGUCAACGAACAUGGCUGUGUGACUAUCGUACUGACGGAUUCUGAAUCAUUUGACACGUCACACAUCAAAUGCUUAACGAUUAAAACGUUAGAACACCAUUGGCCUGUAUUGGUGAAAAAUAUGAAGCUUCUUCUAUUAAGGUACCUGAAUUUAGCUAAUUCUGAAAAUUGUAUUUUAACAUUUUUCUCAUUAUGGGAAAAUAUUAUAAGUGUGAAAGCGAAUCUCUCGGUUAUAGAUACAAAGCCAUUUUAUGCUGAUCUACAGAGUUUUGUUGAUUUAUUACGAAAUACAGUGUUGCCGAGUCUAAUAUAUACUCAUUUACUAAGUUUGUUCAAUGAGGUCCUGUGUUAUGGGUCAACAUUAGCACUACAAGAUAUUUUGCCAGAAGAAAUUUGUUGUUUGGCUCACUCAAUAGUUAGAUUUGUGAAAGAUUUCAGAUUGUUAAGUGAUGUUAGGAUCCAAACAAGCAGAAGUGGUUUUGGGUUCUUAGGGCAUGAAUGCACUAUAUUAAGAGAUUACUCAUUAGGCCCUGAAGUUGCACCUUUGUCAUCUUCAAUUCAGUUAGUAGACCAGAGUUAUGGGGAGGAUGAAAAUGAAGAUACCGGGCAAACUAGAUCUGAAGUAGACAAAACUAUGUUACAAAGAAUGGCAUUGUUAGUGCUAAAAUCAGUUGCCGUCACUGUAAAAGAAAUGCGAUGUGAUUCAUCAGACAGUUCAAUAGAUUCCUCUGACUAUAAUGCAAUACAAGACAUGCAAAUUGUAGAAAGAUCAAUCCGAGAUGUACUUAAAAAAUUAGAUGUCUUCAUUAGAAACAGCUUAGAAUUUCACCCUGAGACACCUUUUACUAAAAUGCUGAUACAUUUAUUUAGUGAACAAGAUGAUUAUUUAAUAGAGUCCAUGGUUUGCACACUUGAUAUUACAGUAGGCAUUGUGUACAGGAACUCUAUGUAUCCAGAUCUAAUACCUAUGUUAAAUCCUAUAUCAUCAUUCAUAGAAUUCCUGAAGGUAGUGUCUCAUGACAGUGAUGUAUUGUUAGAUUACUUAGUCAGCAAUGAGACAUGUUUCCUGCUGUAUUUGUUAAGAUUUUUGAAAUAUGUGCGGAGAAACUGGCCUAAGUUCUUGGAGACAUGUCAGCAGGCAGAUUCUGGAGGCAGCAGAGGUCUUGAAGACACAAUGAGGGUUCUAAUAAGAUUGAGACUGCAAAUAAGUCGAUUGGUUUCUAAAUCACUCUUCCCGUACAACAUAAGUCCUGUUCUAAGAUUGUUGGAGGUUUGUGAAAGCUUAUAUGAAGGAAAUGAAUUUAGCUGA